AUGUCGCGAAAUGAAGAUCUUUGUCUGGCGGUGAUCGCCAUUCUGGCAAUCGCUGGCGUUAGCCAUGCCGCUCCUCCCUUGGGUCGUGUGGUCAAUGGCACCGAUUCCACCGUGGAGAAAUAUCCUUUCGUGGUUUCGAUGCGUGGAUCUACUGGCUCCCAUUCCUGUGGUGGCUCCAUUAUUUCCAAGCAAUUUGUGAUGACCGCUGCUCAUUGUACGGCUGGCCGAAAGGCCACGGAUCUGUCCAUCCAGUUUGGAGUUACCACAAUUAAUUCCGCUGGUCCGAACGUUGUGCGCGUUAAGAAAAUCAUCCAACACGAGGAUUACAAUCCCUACAACAACUAUGCCAAUGAUAUCUCUCUACUGAUGGUGGAGGAACCGUUCGAGUUUGAUGGCGUUACCGUUGCUCCUGUGGCAUUGCCUGAUCUUGCCUAUGCCACUCCUCAAACAGAUGCUGGUGGUGAGGGAGUGCUCGUCGGAUGGGGACUUAAUGCGACUGGCGGCACUAUCCAAACCACUCUGCAGGAAGUGGGCUUGAAGGUAUACUCAGAUGAAGAGUGCACCGAAAGGCACGAGGGUCGCACGGAUCCCAGAUACCACAUCUGUGGCGGCGUGGAUGAAGGCGGCAAGGGUCAGUGUAGUGGAGAUUCCGGUGGUCCACUCAUCUACAAUAACCAGCAGGUGGGCAUCGUUUCCUGGAGCAUCAAGCCCUGCACUGUGGCUCCCUAUCCGGGUGUCUACUGCAAGGUCAGCCAGUAUGUGGACUGGAUUAAGAAGAACCAAAUCAUAUUGGCAUAGACAUCCCAUUAUCUCUGCCAAUACUGAAAGAGUUAUAAAUAAAACUGAUCUAUCAAGA